AUGGUUUAUUCAAAGAUCUAUCGUGAGAGUUCAAAUCCAAAUCGGCUUUCCAUUCGAAGACAACAACUUUUGGCAAUGAUGUCAUCAAAACUUAUGCUUCUCUGCCUUCUCGUUCUCUUUUGUGGACUGAUGAUCACUGUGGAAGGCGGUUGCUUUGAUUGUGCGCGCCGUAUUUGUGGACCCCCGUGUGCGACUAGUCAAUCGGCAUGCCAAAACUGCAGGCAAAUCGAUUGUGGAUGC